AUCAAGGCAACGAGGCUCUCCAAACUGCGGGCACCAACCUGACUAUGCAUGUCAUCCCCAUCAAGCGUGCCUUUGCUCAACAGCUAGCAGGCAAGUAUAAGCUUCUUCCCCCUACCGGUUUGCCGGAGGGUUUCCUUGCUCCGGACGAGCACCCUUUCAUCGUCCUGGCCCAAUACCUGACUGACAUUCGUCAAAGAAUGGGUCUUGAGCUCAGGGUGAACGAGCUCCAAGGCUCUUACUUCUAUAUUCCUUUCGUCGAUGCGGCAAACGAUGGCAGAACACCUUUCCUCAUGUCUUACCAGUCUUGGCAGAGCCAACUCAUUCCACGUCUGGUUGGAAGUCUCUACGGUGCUAACUUGAAAUUGGGCUAUUUCGAACCAGAGCACAAGGCAUACAACGAUCUUGGAUCGGGACAAUAUUCCUUCCAGAACUUUGUUGGCUUGAACAACCCUAGCGGCUCCCUCGGUGUCCUUUCUCCUGUCUUUACGACUCGCUUCAACCGCGCACCGCGAGGUCAGCUGACUGCCCAGAACUUCAAGGACUUGCUCACGACGCCAGUCAGAGCUACCAUGUACCCUAAUACCGGUCGUUGCGUCCGUUUCGAAUACGUAUCGUGAGUAUUCAAGCUGUCCCGCUUGCGCUCCGAUCUAGCUGACACUGCCCGGCCUCUAUCAUACAGGGGGCAGGUGUGUUGCACGCAAAGCGACGGGCAGAGUCGAAAGCUUCGGGAAUAAAGUGCUGAUGACCCCUUGCUUGUGGCCGCAGCCUUUCGAGCAAGCAUUCUUUGCUCGCUCCACCGUCAACAGUGAGUAGUGCAUGCUCAGUAGGCGACCUGGCUGACAAUUGACGCCUGACGUAUCCAAUACGACCCGCAACUCUAGUCUACGAGCCGGUUUGGGGCACCCGCAAGGUCUUUGAGAACGUAGAGACCUUCU